AGACAGUCCACAAUGCCGGUCGCAAAAGAAAGCCGAGUGGUCGACACCGACAACAUUCAGGGCAGCAUCUGGCCCCGUCUCCCCAAGCACUUUGAAUCCUACUUGUUCUUCAAGAUCACGGACAAAGACAAAUUUCGAAAGCACUUGCGAAUCCUCUUAGACAGCAAUGAGAUCACCACUGGUACCCAGUGUGAAAACCAUCUUCGAGGAGUGGGAGAGCUAGAAGAAGCCUGUGCCCAUUCUCGUCGCGAUGUUCCCGAACCCUAUCGAGUGCCUUUCACCGCUAUAAACGUUGCAUUCAGCCAUAUGGGGCUUCUAAAGGUCGAGAAGCCAGAGAUCGAAGUCAAAUUUGCCGCAACCCAAAAGGAAGACCCCGAUGCGUAUUGCAAGGACAGAAUCAACGAAGGCCUCUUUGAGAAGGGCAUGUUCGAUGACCUGGUCUACGAGGGUGCCGAUAGCCCGCCUGCACUCCAUCCCGAUUUUAGGGCUCCAGCCGCAAACUUGGAGAAGAGCGACCCUCUUCAGCGUUGGGAAUGGAGGGUAGACGGGGUUUUCAUUGUUGCCGCACACAACGCGAAGGCCCUGCGCAGGAAAAUCGUGGAUCUGGAAGAUGCCUUCUAUGUUGGCGACGCGAACCAGAGCAGUAUGAAGAUUGCGUUCAGAAGGGACGGCCAGACUCGGCCGGGGGUAAACCGUGGAAAGGAGCACUUUGGUUACGAAGACCAUAUCUCGCAACCCAGAAUCAAAGGCCUUGAUGACAAGCCCGCAAAGGGUGAGCCACAUGCCUGUCCUCCUGGGUACAUCUUUCUCGGACAUGAGGGUGAUCCCAACAAAAGACGGGGUCCUGCCUGGGCGAAGGAAGGCAGCUUCCUAGUCUUCCGCCAGCUUGAUCAGAAGGUGCCGGAGUUUGACAAGUUCCUCCAGGAGAAGGCACCCCAGAUUCCAGGAAACUACGGCGGCAGCAACGGGCCCGAGAAGCUGGGCGCUCACCUGAUGGGGCGCUGGAAGAGUGGGGCUCCUGUCACGCAUGCCUAUGAUGAAGACAAACCUGAGUUGGCCUUUAAUAACGACUUCGACUUUCGGCCCAAGAAAAGCAUUAAGAGCUGCCCGUUCGCUGCGCAUAUUCGCAAAAUGCGCCCUCGGGCUGACAAGAAACGGGACGUUGGGACCGAAGACGACGGCGACAACACAGAGCUCCCCGAGCCCGAUAGUGACGAGUCCGAGGCCGAGGGACAAGAAGAGGAUGCCAGUGUUAUCCUUCGACGUGGUAUUACCUUCGGCCCUGAACUAACCGAGGAGGAAAAGAGGCUGGGGAAGACAAUCGAGCAGCGAGGCAUCUACUUUACGUGCUAUCAGAGCCUGAUUCGCGAUGGGUUCAAUUUCCUUAUGACUCGCUGGGCAAGUAAUGCCUCCUUCCCUGAGUACAAGACAAAAACCUUCCCUGAUGGUCCGGGAAUGGACCCAUUUGUCAACCAGCGUCUCCGAUCGGAUCAUCCCGAGGGCCACAUUAGCUUGUAUGAUGGAGUUAAUCCUGACAAGACUGUCAAAUUGAACCUGGGUAUUAGUCCUUGGGUGGAUCAGCGAGGUGGCGAAUACUUCUUCACUCCCUCAAUCAAGGCAUUGAAGGAGCAUUUCUCGACUGCUUGA